UGGGUCUUCAUCUCUGGCCAGUUGCUGAAUUUAGUAAAUUUGUUUUUCUUUUUUAGGAUUUCACAGUUUUUGGAGGCAGUCUGUCAGGAGCACAUGCCCAGAAGAUCUGCAAAAUCAUGGACCAGGCCGUAACUGUGGGGGCACCAGUGAUUGGGCUGAAUGACUCUGGAGGGGCACGGAUCCAGGAGGGGGUAGAGUCCCUGGCUGGCUACGCAGACAUCUUCCUGAGGAAUGUCAUGGCAUCCGGAGUCAUCCCUCAGAUUUCUAUGAUCAUGGGCCCGUGUGCUGGCGGGGCUGUCUACUCCCCGGCCCUGACAGACUUCACAUUCAUGGUGAAGGACACCUCUUACCUGUUUAUCACUGGACCUGACGUUGUGAAGUCUGUCACCAAUGAGAAUGUUACCCAGGAGGAGCUUGGUGGUGCCAAGACCCACACCACCAUAUCAGGUGUGGCCCACAGAGCCUUUGAGAAUGACGUUGAUGCUUUGUGCAGCCUCCGGGCGUUCUUCAACUUCCUUCCUCUCAGCAACCAGGACCCGGCCCCUGUCCGCGAGUGCCACGAUCCCAGCAAUCGUCAGGUUCCUGAGCUAGACACAAUUGUCCCUUUGGAAUCAACCAAAGCCUACGACAUGCUGGACAUCAUCCACGCAGUUAUUGAUGAACGAGAAUUUUUUGAGAUCAUGCCCAAUUAUGCCAAGAACAUUGUUGUUGGUUUUGCAAGAAUGAACGGGAGGACUGUUGGAAUUGUUGGCAACCAGCCCAAUAUGGCCUCAGGAUGCUUGGAUAUUAACUCGUCUGUGAAGGGGGCCCGCUUUGUCAGAUUCUGUGAUGCAUUCAAUAUUCCACUCAUCACUUUUGUUGAUGUCCCUGGCUUCCUGCCUGGCACAGCACAGGAGUAUGGGGGCAUCAUCCGUCAUGGUGCUAAGCUGCUGUAUGCAUUUGCUGAGGCGACUGUGCCCAAAAUCACAGUCAUCACCAGGAAGGCCUAUGGAGGUGCCUAUGAUGUCAUGAGCUCCAAGCACCUUCUUGGUGACGUUAACUAUGCCUGGCCCACAGCGGAGAUUGCAGUCAUGGGAGCAAAGGGUGCUGUGGAGAUCAUCUUUAAAGGGCAUGAGAACGUGGCAGCCGCCCAGGCAGAGUACGUGGAGAAGUUCGCCAACCCCUUUCCCGCAGCAGUGAGAGGCUUUGUGGAUGACAUCAUCCAGCCAUCCUGUACCCGUGCCCGAAUAUGCAGUGACCUGGGAGUUUUGGCCAGCAAGAAGGUACACCGACCUUGGAGGAAACAUGCAAAUAUUCCACUGUGAACAGAUCAGAGGAAAAUAGACCAUAGCUAAGUGACUGGUUAUUUGUAGCGUUUUGCAAUCAUGAAAACCUGGGAAUCAACAUACAAGUAAUAGCUUGGAAGUUUAUUAAAUUUUGGAGAGAUCUCUUUUGCCUUAAUAUAAAAUUGUUUCCUCUACUAAGGAAUCUUUGGUGGGGGGUGGGGUGGGGCUGGAGAGGUAGCUCAUCAGUUAAAGGUGCUUGCUUGCAAAAUUCCAAUGCUUGGGUUCAAUUCCCUAGCACCUAUAUAAAUAAAGCCAGAUGCACAAAGUGG